AUGAGAACACCUUUGUGUGCAUCGGCGGGUCGCCGAUUAAUUCCUGGGGGGAAGAAUGUAGCCGGUGAGGUAGCAAUUGCUGCAACCAGCAGGCUCCUGGUGGGCUUCAGAAAGUGGUACUAUAAUACAUGCGGUUUCAACAAACUUGGUUUGAUGCGGGAUGAUACAAUCAAUGAGGACUUUGAUGUGAAAGAAGCCAUUCAUCGGCUCCCAGAACCAGUUUACAAUGACAGGAUGUUCUGCAUCAAGAGAGCUCUGGAUCUGUCAAUUAAGCAUCAGGUCCUUCCUAAGGACCAGUGGACUCAAUAUGAGGAGGAUUUGCGUUACCUUGAGCCCCAUCUCGUUGAGGAUAUCCGUGAAAGGAAGGAAAGAGAGGAGUGGCAGAUGAAGUAAAGUGAAUUUGAUGAGGUUAAAGAUCCUGUUUGUUGUGAUGUCUGGUGACUUGUAUUUAAGAGAAAAUGUAUAAGUUCCAAUACCUAUUAAAGUUUCCUUUGACAGAAGUCUAUAAAUACCUGUUGGUCUUUUCUAUAAUAUUUUUAAAACUUCAGUUGUUCUUUGCUUGGAUUUUGGUUACUUUUUAAAUAUCAAAAGUCAUGGCAACAUUUUCGUCCAGCCGUGUCAUAUUCCCAAAGGAUAUUAUAUAAGUAAUGUUACAGUGAAUUCUAAAGCAAAGGCAAUUUCUUUAUUUAUUAUUAUUCUAUAAAUGCACAAUAUACAUGAAAAUAACUCUUGCUUUUACAAGUAAUGGGUCAUAUAUCAUUACUGCAGUCUACUGUUCUUUAAAAACAAGAGAAAAUAAAUCACUAAAGACUCGUUAUACAGAAUAUAUUGCAAAGCCUUAAAUCAAUUAAUUCUUUCACGUUAAAAUUAUAUAUUAUACGUGCUUGUAAAUUAUUUGUAGAAGCUGAGUUCUUUGUUUCUAUAUUUUGCCCCAUCCAUCUUUACAAAGAUGCUUGCAUAAAUUAGUUUCUUCAACUUUGGGCAUGUCUCUUCACUGACACUCGUCGACUUGGUUAAGUACACUAACAUUAGAAAAAACUUUAUUGGGGCAAAAUUGUUUAGUGUGGUGGAAAUGAAGUAACUGAGUUCUGAAUGA